CGCGAGUACACAUGAAAGUACGUAAAUAAUUCCUACGCGUCCACAAACAUGCCCCCUCUAACGGUCACCGCUUUGGAAGCCCAACCACUGCCGACCAUCUCUCCGUUUCACUUCCCUCCAACCCCCCCCCCCCCCCUCUACUCCCUUUCUGUCUCUAGAAAUUUUAUCAGAACCGUAAUCGCUAGGGUUUAAAGCGUGGUUUGUGAGAGGGAAAUGGUGAAGAUUAUUCCAAGGAUUGAGCUCGAAAAUCGAGGUUCUAGGGCUUUGGUUCCGUUGUCGAUUAACGGUGGACUCUGUCUUCGGAAUCUCUCGUACCAAAAGCUUCCUCAACUGCUACUAAAGCUUUCUGUUCUCAAAUUGGAUGGAUCUUCCUUUGGUAAAUCGCAAUGUGGUGUUGCUUUGUGCUAUUGGAUUUUUUUCGAAGUUAGAAUGGGAUCAAUAAUGGAUUAUGAUUUUGAUUGUGUAGGUGUUCAUGUUGCAAGGAAUGCUACUGUAGCAGAGCUUAAGCUAGCAAUAGAAGAAGUUUUUAGUUGGUCGCCUAAGGAAGAUCAAGGCAAGAUUUCAUGGUCACAUGUUUGGGGCCACUUCUGCUUGUGCUAUGAAGGUCAGAAACUAGUGAAUGACAAGGCUUACAUUCAAAGUUUUGGGAUCAAGGAUGGAGAUCAGCUCAAAUUUAUUCGGCACAUGUCAAUUAACUAUAGACCAGAGAAACAAAGAUCCAAAAUGCAGGGUAUUGCUUCCAGACAGUGCUUAAUGUUGUCAUCUGGAUCAAAUGAUGGUGAAGAGAGAGAACAAGCUCGCAGCAAUGUUCAUGUAAGUCAUAUUGAAGAUCGCAACAACUUCAAGCACCAUAAUUGUGAAGAAGAGGCGACAAUUCCCAUGCCAGAGUUCAAGCUGUCUCACUUUUUGAAAGGAUGGCUUUCAUACUCAAAAAUAUGGGGUGGUACGAGAAGGACCGAAGGCAGGAACCGCCUUUCAAGAUUUUCCCUUCAUGGUGUAACAGGCAGACAAGGAGUCUAGGAUGACUCUGAUUUAGUAAUAGUACCUAACAAAAAUAGAAUUUAGUGAGGGAACAUCUGACAAAGGGACGUCCAAGGUAGAGUUUGCUGGCUAAUACACUUGCAGUAUAUUCUAUGGAAGUUUGUCUUAAGAUGCUCUCCUUGUUUUUCCUGACAUUAUUUCGUUGCUAUUGUUACUAGUUCAGUACAAAAUUGUGUCCAGUGAGUUUACUAACGGGAUUGCUGAUGCAACAUAGUGCAAAUUGCCGCGGUUGCGAUAUUCAACGGCUAAUAGAUUGUAGAUUUGCAAUGGCUUGUGGAAGAGGUAAGAAAUGUGGUCCAUGUAGCUUCCACUUUUUACGCUAAUUAGAAGAUAUUCGAGCCUUUUAGAGCAUCCUUCUAAUCCUUCCCGACUUGUGCACCGUAGAUUCUUUGAUUCUACCAUUUAU